AUGCCUAGAAAUCACAGUGAAAGGAGUAAAGAGGCUCGUCAGUUGAAAAGACAGAAAGAAGACGAGGAGAUUCAAGAGCUAAAUGCUCAAAUAAAUGAUUAUCCCGGGAACGCAACGCGGUUUUUUGAUUUACCCAUUACACAACCCACAAAAAGCGCUUUGAAAAAUGCACAUUUCACCACUUUGACGGAUAUCCAACGACAGGCAAUUCCUGAAGCUUUAAAAGGUAGAGAUAUCUUAGGUGCGGCCAGAACUGGUAGUGGUAAAACGUUGGCAUUUCUUGUUCCUUUGAUCGAAAACCUGUACCGUCGUAAAUGGACCCAAUAUGAUGGUUUAGGUGCUUUGAUUAUCUCUCCUACUCGAGAGCUGGCCAUUCAGACGUUUGAAACUUUGGUCAAAGUAGGCCGUCUUCAUUCCUUUUCUGCUGGUUUGAUUAUUGGCGGUAAUAAUUUUAAAGAGGAGCGGGAACGUCUAUCUCGUAUGAACAUUCUUGUUUGUACUCCAGGAAGACUUCUCCAGCAUAUUGAUCAAGCAAUCAAUUUCGAUACUUCCAACUUGCAAAUGGUUAUUUUGGACGAAGCCGACAGAAUUUUGGACAUGGGAUUCAAGGCUACUUUGGAUGCAAUUAUUGCCAGCUUACCAAAAGAGCGUCAAACGCUUUUGUUUUCGGCAACCCAGACAAAAUCCGUUCGUGAUCUAGCUCGUUUGUCUUUGCAAAAUGCCGAAUACAUUGCUGUCCACGAAAACGAAAGCAGCAGUACUCCUGAAAACUUGAACCAAUUUUACUUGUUCUGUCCUUUAACUGAGAAGCUUGACAUUUUAUUUGGUUUUAUUCGCACUCAUUUGAAGAAUAAGUCUAUCGUCUUUCUUUCGUCCUGUAAACAAGUACGGUUUGUCUUUGAAACAUUCCGUCGUUUACGUCCAGGUGUUCCUUUGAUGCACCUGCAUGGCAAGCAGAAGCAGGCUUCUCGUACCGAGGUUACUGCAAAGUUUACCUCUUCUCAAAAUGCCAUUUUGUUUUGCACCGAUAUUGUCGCAAGAGGACUUGAUUUUCCGGCUGUUGAUUGGGUUGUCCAGUUGGAUACUCCUGAGGAUGUCGAUACUUACAUUCAUCGAGUCGGUCGUACUGCCCGCUUUCAGAGGGGUGGUAAUGCUUUGCUCUUGCUGCUUCCUUCCGAAGAGGCUUUCCUUAACCGAUUGGAGUCUAAAAAAAUUUCUGUAGAACGUAUCAACAUCAAAGAAGGAAAAAAGACCAGCAUUCGAAAAUGA